AUGGGUGAAAAAAUUCGUAAUAAAACUUACAAUUACCUAAUUGGAUUUGAAAUUAAAAAAAUUAAUAAUAAUAGAUUACCUUCGUACCGUGACGUGCUGAGUUUGUUCAUGUUUAAGCAUAUGUCUUUAAAAAUGACGAUUCGAAAUAGUUCUGCUAGUGUUAUCUCUGAAACAAAUGCUGUUUGGGCCAAAUUUAUGAUCCCAACUAUGCGUCCUCAGCACAGUAUUAAAAAAUUAGAAAAAUUUUACGCUAAGUACAAAGAUCUUAAAAAAGGUCGUAGCAGAGAAAAAAAAUCAAAAGCUCAACAGAAACAUGUUCAAAACUUCAAGGAAAAACUUGAUCAAUUGUUUGACAUUUCCAAUUCGACUGCAGUCAAAAAUUUACCGAAAGAACUCCAACAAUUUUUGGUAGAGCGUCAAAAGGGAAAUAAUAACUUGCACUUGCCAGCUACUUCUGUUCCGCCUGAAGAAAUUUUUGAGGAUCAAUUUGAUAUGGAAGUGGAGAUAAAAAAUGAAGAAAAUGAAAAUAAUACGGAAGAAAUUGAAGCUAUGUGA